AUGGACCUGAGGAAGGUGGAGGAGAACGAGGGAGUCGUCACCUCAACCUUGGGAGGAGAUGGCGGCAAGUGCGAAGUUGAUUCGAGCCGCGCACUCCAGUCUUUUCUGGAUCACAUUCCCAUCGAUACAAUUCCUGGCAUCCGUAACUCGUCUCCUGUUCUGGAGAUAAAAUCUGACGACUGUGUACAAGAUGCAAUCAGUUUGUUGUAUGAUAAAAAUGUAUCUGGUGCACCGAUUGUGGGUAAUGUGAAUUCUGAUUUAAAGGAAUUUGUUGAUCGGGAUAUAGGCUUCAUUGAAUUUUCAAGCAUGGUCUUGUGGUGCCUCGAGGAAUUUGACAAAGUGAAAGUUGAAUCCAAAAACAACUACCUAGGGUUUCUCUCGGUGCUAGAACAAACAUCUAAAAUAGGACGAACCAAGAUAGGGGAGCUAGCCAAAUCAUUCUUAUGGGAACCCUUCUUCCCUGUUCAAGCAGCUGACUCACUUUUUCAUGUGCUGAUGCUCUUCUCGAAACACCACAGAUUGAAAAUAGUACCAGUUGUUGAGUCAUCCAAUUCUUGUGUCAUUGGUUUCAUUACUCAGAGUGCAGUGCUUCAGCUGCUCCUCCAGUCUAGUGGACUAGAAUGGUUCGACCAAAUUGCAGAGAAGGCCCUCAGGGAAUUUGGGUUCAUGAAUGCUGGUGGGUUUGUUCAUGUAUUCGCUGAUCAAAGCUUGGCAGAUGCAUUGCACGUACUGUGGGAGAAACAAAUUGAUAGAGUUGCAGUGGUCGAACGGAAAACUGCAACCCUGAUGGGGUGUGUGAGGUGCAGUGAGGUUUAUCUUCUUCUGGAGGAUGAGUCCAUAUUCAACAGCAGGAAGAUACGAGAGCUGAUGGGAAACACUUGCAAUUUCAGGUGCCUCACCAUUGACGAAUUCAUCAAAAAAUCCAACGCUGUCAGAAGCGAUCCGGGCACCAAUUCAUCAGCAGAGAAAGCACGUGCUUCUAUUGGGGCUCUCUGCCUAAAGAAUGAGUUCCUUCCUCAAAUGGGCACCCCGACAACCAACCGGAAGACUGACACCCUCAAACAAGCCAUGGAGAAUCUGGUGGCAUCCGGGAGUGAUUGCACUUUCUUAGUCAAUCAAUCAGGACAGCUCGAGGGUGUCGUCACGCUCGGAGAUAUCAUCUCGGAGUUCUCUCCACCCUGCAUGGAUUCAAGAAUUGAUGGGGGUGGAUUCUUCAAGUCAGCUCUAGAGCAGGCCGGGUGCCAUGUGGAGGACGGAAUGAUGAUCCGAAAACAUUAAAGUCUUGGUCUCGCUCUCUCGUAUUUACAGAAAUUCUGAUGCCGAUUUCAGCAAUGGAUGUAAGAAGUUGCUGUAAUUGUAACUAGCAACCUUGCCUAUCAUGAAUCAGCGGGUCACAUGAUUUGCCUCUGUGUCCGUAAUUUCUUUCUCGGUAGCAUCGUGGACUUUCAUUGAUGCCUCUGAAAGAUUUCCCCGUUUCCUUUUGCUAGGAGUAGUCUGAAGGGAAUCUCCCUGUUUUGCGUGAAAAGAUUAAGAUGAAUGGAUUGUGUAGAUUAGUUAUCCGGCCUUCGUUGCUGGAAUUUUUGCAUUGUCCUGGAAGCCAAGUACUGUGUAAAUGAGGCCAUGCAAUUCAGUAAAGGUGGAACAUGCAGUUUAACUUGCCACUGUGCCACUGCUGCACUGCACAGUCUCAUGAUCGAGCGAAGUCUCCACACUGUAUGAGACUCCCGUAGAAGCAGAAUGUCCAAGUUGGAAGGCUGAUGGCUAAUUUCCCAGGUAACCCAAGGGAAGUAGUAGCGGACUAGCGGUAAUAGCUGAUGGCAGCCGAGAGAACCGAAGCAAGUUGGCACACUGAUUUAUUAACUGUUUCCUGAACGCUUCUGACUUCUAUUAGAUAUGCCUCUGUUCAUUUUUGCCACAUCCAAUAUAUUCAUCUGGCAAAUGCUUUUAUCUAUGAAGUCCAUUACUGUUACCCGCAAUGUGGUUGUCUCUGAAGAUUCUUUGUUGUGUUGUUGGUUUCGGCCAUCAAUGUGGUAGUGCUGGGGUUAAUCUUGCCUUCCUUGGUCGUGGAUUGAACAACAUAAGGUUUGAUUUCCUUGCUCGAUAUGCAGAAACUUUGAAGACUUUCAAGAGAGAGAUUCUUCGUGGUCCAGCCUGCUAGCUGAAAAGGCUCUACUUCCACAUGUCACAAGGUAAUUGGUGCCCUAUACAACCCCGCUGUGUAUUGCACCAAACCCAUGAAUCAUAAAACUCUCCAUCAUAAGACUCUUUUCACAAGCUACCAGCCUUGGAAAGGAAUCAGCAACACAAGCAAAACCACCUAACAACAUCCAUUGAGGCAAAACAUGCUGAAAAUAAUAUAAAGGACAAUGAUGGAAAAUAGACACUCCUUUGUUUCUCAACGUCAACAAACCAUGUCAAGGUUCACAUUUCAAUGACGGUGUCUGGUCAAAACUUUCAAAGACAGUUAACAAAGAAAAGCUGAUAACAUGAUCGGCUGUACCUGCAAGCUUCAAAAUUCGAGCAUAACUUGUGCAUACCAUGCCAAAUAUUUGCUCUGUAAAUCAAGCGAAACAUAAAACGCGUCAUUCUCCAGGUAAGGGGAAAGAAAUAAUUCAAAAAAUAUCAUCACCGCUCAUAUUAUAGAGGCGAACUAGCAGUGUGCACACUAUACCUCAAGAUUUUCAUGCAAUUACAUUUGAAACUCGGUUUCUGGAGCCUGCAAAUCACUUUGAGGGGCAGAAAACAAAAAACUUCUGACCAUGAGCUUAGAGAUUCAACUCCAAUGGUCCUUAAGUGAUUUGUAAAUAAAAUUGGAUUGAUGGAAAUGUGUCCUAAGUUCCAAGGAGAACUAUAGACUGGGAGCAACGGGAUUAUGAGUACAAUUCCAAAAUAGAGAGAAAUUUACUAGGAGCAACUCGAUUGAUGGACAUGUGGCCUAAGUUCCAAAGAGAACAGUAGACUAGGAGCAACUGGAUUAUGAGUACAAUUCCAGAAUAGAGCGAAAUUUACUAGGCAUUUGCAUUGCUAUUCUAAGUUCCACUGGAACCAUGAUCUAAACAACUGCAGAUCAUAACUGGUGCUGGUGUAACAGCUCCGAGAAAGCUUUACAAAACUUUUAUUUAACUUUCAAAAUUUUUUUAGGAUCUAAUUAUGUAAGUACAAGUACGUAGAUAUACAUACAUAUGCAUGAACACAUGCAUGCAUAUGUCGAUACAUACAUACGCAUGCACAUACAUAUGUAGAUACAAACCUACAUGCACACAUACAUAUAUGCAUACAUACAUACAUAUAUACAUAAAUACGUACAUACAUAUGUACAUAUGUACAUACACAUGAAUAGACAUACACACAGACAUUCAUACAUAUCUACAUAAGUACAUAUGCAUAGAGAUGCCUAACUAGCAAAGAUUUACAAAAGUUGAACUGAAAUAAUUAGGAUUUUGAUGCUAUUGUUGACCAAGAACCAUUAUCAUCUUUGGCGACUUGCAGCUCUCAUUUAGAUGAAUUAGGGUUUUGCAAACUAUAUAAAGGAUAAAAGCUCUAGCAAUAUGAAUAUAUACCACAGAAUCAAAGUUUAUAAAAGCAAUUUAAAUCCUAGAAAAUUUAAGAGAGCCUGUGACCUAUGAAACCAA